CAAUAGGUCAUCAACACAGCAACUAUGUAAAUUAUUCGUGCUUUCAUGCACCGUUUACAAACAUAAAACAAAGUGCAAGCAAUGCACAGCACAAGUCUUUUCUAAAUCCUUGUUAUAUAUGGCAGUGGGACAUCCGAUUAUUCUGUUUCAAGCCUAAGUGGUGUCAUUUAAUAGAGUGUUUCAUAACGAGGGGUUUAUGACAUACACUUAUGCAUAAAACAUGCGAAAUACGAAUUGUAGCAAAAUAACAUCUCUGGAACCAGUCAUCUGUGACUUAGUAAAUAGACUACGAAGUCAGUAUGUGUUCAGCAAACUGAAAGUAGACUUUACGCAUGUACACAGACAAUCACCAACACAUCAAGUUUAUAAACAUGGUCGACGCUAAAACAAGUUUAACAAAGCGGUCACAGAAGCGAGUCAUCAUCUUGUACUCACUGAUGACAUGCUGUGUGAUAUUUGCCUGCUGGUAUUGUCACCAAAUGUACCUGAUCAUAGAGGACAUUAUGUCUGACCCCUACAAGAGGGAAGCGUUUUACCAGACGGGUCAAACACACCCCAUACUUAUGGCAGUAUUGGUCGCCAGUGCAUAUAAUCUCACAAUGUGUGCCCUUGUAGGGUCAUUUUAUGUAGUUUUAUCGCCCUUAAUCACCAGAUGCUGGAGCCAUGUGAGAGUUUACUGUCCAAUAAAAACCUGAAGAACAGUUAUAGGGAUCAAUGGUGUCGGUUUAUCUUACGUUUCUUCUGUUGUUGUCUCCCUUGUAAUACCUCAUUCUCGUGUCUACGUACUGACAUCGACGUCAUCAUGAAAUACAACGACAGAAACUUGCAGAACGGAAAUUUAUCCAAGACAUUGAGAUCUGCGACCAAGAGGAAUUCUAGUUCAACAGAUUCUUCCCCAUCUUUGUUUAACCUAGAGGAUAGUCCAAAUGCAACAGGAUUUGUUAAAAUUGUUCUGAAUACAAACAUGUCCAAAACUCUUGUAGCCCCAUGGCAGACAUUUUGUGAAUUUUCUAUAAAUGGCAGAACUUAUUUUUCAUCAUCCAUGAUCAGAAAGGCUGUGUUUGACUCGGUGAACUCUGUAGAUGAAAACAGCCUACCUGCUUCACGCAUUUUCGGACCAUUUAAGCACCCACCUCACAUAGAACUGGAAACAAAAGGUCCAGCGGUAAAACUGACAAUGUUUCCUAUAGGACAAGCAUGGUAUUGGAACGAAAACCAAAAAUUUGUCAUCUUUGAAGCUGAUCUUGUGUUUGGCAUUCAUUGUCAUCGAAAAUGGCCACCAUGUGCACAGAUAUGGUUCAGUCGCCCUCGCUUCUGGCCAUCUGCCACAGAUGUGGAACAUCUUAAGGAAAGUGGAUACGUACUUGUUGCAAAAUCAUCCAAAACUUCCCAAGGUCAUGAGAAUGACCUUGAAUGGCUAGUAUCCUUCCCCCACUGCGAGACCUAUCUUGGUCGCCGCAUACCACCAGUAGCUCGGGCUGGUUAUCUAGCCUUGAAAAUCAUCCUCAAGGAUCACCUUAUAUACAUUUGCGAGGGCCUUAAAACAUACCAGCUCAAAACUGUGCUAUUCUGGGAACUGGAAAAGCAUCCAAUGGAAUUCUGGGAAAUUGGAAAUAUUGAAGAAUGUUUCCUGUGUUUGUUUGACUCCCUUAUAGAAUGUUUAAGGAGAAGAAAUUGUCCUAGUUUUUGGAUUGAAAACCACAAUUUGUUGCAGGACUGUGAUGAAGAUGAGAUAGCAGAACUUUUGUUUGUCCUUCAAAGAAUCAGGUCAAACCCAGCUCCAUACGUUGAAGAUCUCGGAAGCAUGUGGUGUUGACACCCGACUCCAUAAAACCCUGAGAUUUGCUCAAACAUGAAUUUAUCUCUGCAGAUAUUCACUGUGCCAAUACAUUAUUUAUUUGCACCAACAGUUUAUGAAAAUUCUUUCAACCUCAUGAAGAACCAAAACCUUCAUACCAGAAAAAAACAUUUUUUUAAAGGCUUACCAAACCAAGCAUUAUGAUACAUGUACCUAUUUGUAUAACUGGGUGUACUGUAACAUUAAUCUAAAUCACAACAAACAUUAUCCAUAAUACAAGUCAAGCCAGCAAUAUUUCAAAAGCACAUAAAGCUAUAUUUUUCACUGGUGAUGCAUAUAUAUCCAAGAGCCCUUAGCGUUUGUAAGAGUCACACAAAUGUUUGAAAAACGACCCUCUAGCUGCUUCCUACCAGUAUUGUUAUGUAAAUAUUUAGAAAAUCAAAUAUCAGUAAGGGUUACUAUUCUAGUCAAACUAUUGUUGUUAUUUUGUAAUAGGACAAGAAUAGUAGUGUUGUUCAGAUUAAUCAAUUUAGUCGACGUCUGGUUGUUUGUUUCUGAAAAUUGAUUAAUCAAUCUUUGUUUUCCAUGAUCGAUUAUAGUUUAACUAAUUAAAGUAUUAACAAAAAAUAAACUUGGAUAGUUAGUGUUAUUACCGUCGACAGCGAGUUGUUCGUUCUUCAGCAAAACAACUUGACCUAACGUCCCACACAACGACGACAUUGAUUGGCUAGCUGGUCCACCCGACAACCAAUCAGAAUUUGCGUUUCCAUAGAAAUGCUGCAUGGCUCAGUCAGUGCGUAACAAUAUAUGGCAAACCAGGACAUUCCGGAGAAUCAUCCGGGGGCUAUACUGUUUUAAACGUUUGGAAGGUAUUGUUCCUCCU